GCCCAACUGUCGACGUUGAACAAACCUACCAGCCGGUCAGAAUACUCAGCCUACUUCCAUAUUCCUCCGCCCUUCACUAACAUGGAGAAAAUUAGUGUCAUUAUCUGCUAGUAAGAUCCCGUUCCAAGUAAUUACUUUAAUGGAAGCGGAAUCCAAAACUGAUUUACGAAAAGAGGGGUUUUUAGCCCGUUUUGUGAUAUUAAACAGUUGAGCGCCUGCACUACCUAUUGGAAAUUGAUGGUUUCCCCAUGGUAGUGUUGAUUUCUAAAUGAAAGCCGACAGAAGAGUUUCUUUGAGUGAUAUUUAUAAUGUUAUAAAUAGAAGUUUUCAUUUCACGUUGACCAAUGAGCCGGCUGCUCCGCGAUGUCUCUACUUCAACUUCCUAGUGAAAUUAUUCUCAUUAUCGCUCAAUACCUAAGCACCCAACAUGACAUUUACAGCUUGAUGCAGAUAAAUCGCCAAUUGUAUCAUCUUCUGCAGCAUAUCCUGUAUCGCUACAAUGUCAAGUAUGGCAAAUGUUCGGCUAUGUUGUGGGCCGCGAAGAAGGGUAACUUGGGUGUGAUGAAGAAGCUUCUUGCUGAAGGCGCCGCGACAAAUAAGAUCGGGUUUAAAAUUAAAGAGAGUCGCGACCUAUGGAGUCUUUCCAAUCUAUAUAGCAGAUUUUCACCCCUUGGAAGUGCUCAGAACUUGGAAGAUAGUCCACUUCUUUUUGCAGUAAGAGAAAACCAUGAAGACAUGGUAGAGUUUCUGCUGUGCGAGCUUGCAAAAGAUUGUGAGACACCGGUGAUGCUCAUGCUGCAAGUAAAUGAGACCCUUGCCACCGCCGCUGUCCAUGGCUAUAAUGAGAUUGUUCUACGCAUGCUCAGUUGGGGCGCCGAUAUUAAUUUCAAGAUCACGCGUGGUAUAAAAACAUGGACUCCGCCUCUAACUUUAGCCGCCUCUAACGGACAUGUGGAGACUGUUAUGUUAUUGCUCAAACACGGUGCCGACAUAAGAGGCGGCAGCCGACAAGACUCUGCUCUAUAUGCUGCAGUGAGAGGUAAUCAGACCAGCGUUGCAAGGCUACUUCUUGAGAAAGGCGCAGAUCCGAAUUCAAUCUAUGCAGAUUUGCUGUCUCCAGCAGCGGAAAGAGGCGAUGCAGAAAUGGUGGAUGUUUUACUUAGCAUGGGGCCUCAAUUCCAACGAUCCUUGCACUGCCGGCGAGCCCUGUUUAAGGCGAUUGAGGGAAGACAUGAACAAGUCACAAGACUCUUGAUUGAGAAAGGAGGGGCAGAUCCGAAACUCUCGGACGAUGUGAGCGGUCGCAGCACAAUGCGAACUGCAAUACGCCACGAUCAGCCCAACUUGGGUUUAGUAAAGUUAUUGUUGGAAAAGGGCGUUUUGCCAGACAGCCAGGAUCUGCGAUUGGUGAGGUUUCAUGGAAACGAGGAAUUGCUUCAAUUACUCGAAGAGCAUUCCGAUCCCCGACAGGAAAAUACUUGAGAUUUCUUGCCAAGGUGUGUUUAUUUCAUGUAAUUCCCAAAUAUGUAUAUGAUCAUAGAACUAGUAGCGAGUUUAAUUGCCACCGUCGCUUUUCGUCCGCUUUAAUCUUGCUUUUCGGUCUAUCGAUUGUGUCUGGUUAUCGACUUUCGGAUGAUUUACACAUAUUUCAAGCAUCAGAGUCAGAUACAUAGAUGAGACCAUGACCGUCCGGGAAUAAUGCUCUCGGUUGGUCACUGUGAGGAUUGAAAGUGAAGUACCGGGAUAAAGGAUAUUUUUAAUGUCUCGUUAAAGGCAGAGAUAGGAAAAGAAACGAGAAAGUUACCACAAACGAACACGCAUUGUCUGCAAAAAUAAUUGAAGAG